AUGGCGUCUUCUAGAACAUUCUCCCUUUACUCCUCCAUUCCCUCAGCCGACGCCGCCCCCUCAUGUAGAGUCCAUCCGAUCUCGGACGAUCCACCGUCAGCGAGCAAGCAGAAACGUCUCGACUCAUGUUGCGGGUCGUCGCAAACACUCCCAGACGACCCCCCCUCCGCCAGCAAGCAGAAGCACCCGCCGCGCCGCAGGAGCAUCUUGCGCCGGCUAGGCGCCGCCGUGGAUUACGGGAUUAACUACGUCUUUAGCGGGCUCGCGCGGGUGGUGGCGACGCAUCCGAUAGCCGUGCUGGCGCUGACGAUCGGCGUGGGCGUGCUGAUGGCGUGCGGCGUGUUCAAGAUGACCGUUGAGACCAACUUGGAGGAGCUCUACACGCCGCAGGGCAACGUCGCCUUCCAGAACCGGGACUACGUGGAUUCGCUGUACGGCUACGAGGCGCUAGACGUGAAGGUGUUUGUCGUGUCCAAAGGCAACUCCAACCGCACCGUGCUCACCAAACCCGCGCUGCUCGCCCUGCUCGACGUCUACGAGCUCAUAACGAGCGUGAACGCGACGUACAACGGGUCGACGUUCAACUACGGGGAUCCGCGCAUCUGCUACCGGCCGGGCGGGCAGAACACGCCGUGCCAGGUUGUGAGCGUGCUGGACUACUGGGGCUACUCGCGCACGGCCAUUCAGCGCGACAAGGACAUCAUGAAAACCAUCAACAACCCCUUCGUGCUCACGCGGUACGGGCAGCCGGUGCCGCAGGACUGGGUGGUGGGCGUGCAGAGCAAGGACGCGGAGACGGGCGAGAUCGCGGAGGCCAAGGCGUUCCUGCUGACGCUGUUCGUGCAGAACAACAAGGGGUGCUCCGGCAGCAGUUGCAAGGACUACUUGGUUGAGGAAUGGCAGAAGGCCAUCGACGCGCCCGUCCGCGCGUAUUCGAGCGACGUGAUCGACGUGUAUCUGCUCUCUUACUGGGGCCAGCAGGCCGCGAGCGACAGCGCGCUGACGGCGGACGUGAACCUCUACUUCGUCAGCGCGUUUCUCCUGCUCGCGUACAGCCUCUUAAUCCUCUUCCGCCGCCACCCCGUGCACUCGCACUGCUACCUCGCGCUCGUCAACAUCGCGUCCGUCACGCUCGCCGUGCUGGGCUCGUACGGGCUCUGCAGCCUGUUUGGGUUGAAGUUCAGCCUCGUCACGCAGUCGCUCGCGCUGCUGCUGCUCGGGCUGGGCACGGACGACAUGCUCGUGACGAUGGCGGCCCAUGACGAGACGGCGCGCGACUUCCCGAACGCGUCCGUGGUGGAGCGGAUCGUCGCGACGGUGUCGCGCGCGCGGCGCGGCGUGAUCGUCGCGGCGCUGACCAACUUCGUCGCGUUCUGCACGGGCAUCAUCUCCGAGCUCCCCGCGCUGCGCGAUUUCAUGAUCUACGCCGCAGUCGGCGUCGUCCUCGUCUUCAUCUUCCAAUCCACGCUCUACGUCGCGGCGCUCACGCUCGAUCUGCGCAGGCAGCGCGCGAACCGCAUCGACACGCUCUGCUGCCUCGUCAGCUCCGCCGGCCCCACCGACGGCUGCUGCGGCCGGCCGUACGAUCGAAACCUGCCCGGGGUGGAUCAAACUGUCAUAGGGCACUGGCUCCCCGCGCUGAUCCUCCAUCCAAUCGGGAAGAUCGUCGUGGUUUUAGGGACGCUAGGGUUACUCGCGACCGGGAUCUACGGCGCGUUUAACGUGACGCAGAAUUUCAACAUCGACUGGAUGGUUCCCGAAGGCUCGUACGUGCGUGACGUGUACCGAAUCCGAUCGCAGACGUUCCCCCUCGCGUCGGGUCAGGGCGCGCUGCCUGUCUACGUCUACACGACGAACCCUACGGCGAAUUUCACGUCGGUUACCAACACUUCGUCGGGGUCGUCGCGGCCCGAGGCGUGGGUCGCGCCGUCAUCGCCGGUGCCCUUGGACUAUUUUAAUAUGCAGGACGAGCUAGCGGCGCUGGGCGUGCGACUGCAGGCGGACCCGUACGUGUCGUUCUCGCCGCCAGUGCAGUCGUGGUUCGCCAAUUACCUCAUCUGGCUCUCCGCGUCGCCGCACGCGCCAAUGCUCGACGCCAACGGACGUCCCCCCACGCCCGAGCUCUUCUACGCAUGGCUGCACGAGUUCCUGAACUCCGUCGGCCGGCGCUUCCGCCUGGACGUGGUGUUCGACCGGAACAACGGCUCGGUCAUCCUGUCCUCACGCUUCUUCGCCAUGACGCGCGGGCUCAACAACAGCGCGCAGCAGGUGGACGCCAUGAACUCGAUCCGCGCCUCGGCCGCCGCCGCCGCGCCCACCCUCGGCGCCUUCUCCUACACCUUCCCGUUCAUCUUCGUCGAAGGCUACGCCGUGAUUCAACCCGAUACCGUCCUAGCCAUCGCCAUCGCCGGCGCGGUCGUCUUCGGAAUCAUGCUGUUGCUGCUCGCGGAUUUGACGUGCAGUGUGCUGGUGGCGGUGAUGGUAGCGGCGAUAGGGGUGGAGCUGGUGGGGUGCUUGUAUUGGUUCGGGCUGGCGUUUAAUUCGGUGACGUCUAUCACGCUGCUGCUCGCCAUUGGGAUUGCCGUGGAUUACUCGGCCUUCACUGCCUUCUCGUUCCUCUCCCAGGUGGGCACGCGGCAGGACCGGGCUCGGAGGGCGUUGAACCACCUGGGAGUGGCGGUGUUCAACGGGGGCUUCUUCAUGUUCCUCUCCAUCCUCCCCCUCGCCCUCGCCAAGUCCUUUGUCUUCCAAACCUUCUUCAAGAUGUUUUCUAUGAUUGUGGUGCUAGGACUAUGGCACGGCCUGUGCACGCUGCCAGUGCUGCUCUCCCUCUUCGGCCCACCACCAUUCGAGACAUCCCUGGAGGCGCACCAAGUGCAGCUAACCGCAGGAACGUCUUCGGCCCGAGUGGCUGAUGCUGUCAUGCCAGAUGAGCUGCCAGGUGUUUCUUCAGGUGGUUCUGCAUGCAACGGUGCCAUAAUGGUGACUCCGGAGAAGCAAGGUACCGGUGUGUGUGCCACCAUGGCCUCAGCACCUGCUGUUGUGAUGAUGACGACUCUGUAA